GGUGGAUUAGAGUUUUAAUCCGUGCGCCGCGGCGGAGAGAGAGAGACGGAGAUAAACCGCACAGCGCAGCGCAGCCGGGGCUCGCACAUGCACUAAAAACAGCAGGAGACACUCCGUCACUCCGGGCCGCAGGUGGAGACAGAGCAGGGGCACAGAAGCGGCUCCAGCCGGACUGUUUUUUUGCGUUUUCGGCGCGUUUCCUGCUCGGAGUGCUUCAUCCUCCUCCCUCCCUCCCUCCGCAAAGAGCAGCAGCAGCAGCCCGGAGGUCGCUCCGCUAAAACUGCGGACACAGACGGCGCAAAAUAAAACUCCAGACACUGCAGCGGUCUCCCCCCUUUCCCCCUACAUUCCCCCUCUGUCCCUCUGCGCCCACCACCGGCUUGUGAUCCAGAUCCAGCCCGCGGUUUGUCUGCCUGCUUCACACGGAGCCUCCGGUCACAAACAGCGGAGCCGUAGCUAGCUAGCUAGCUAACUCCAUUAGCUAGGUGGUUAGCUACGCGAAGGAAUUCGUUUUUCUGUGAGAGAAGAAAAGAGACUUCAUUAAAGGAUGUCGGCGAAGGACCAGAACAAACAAUCUACUGUCGAAAGGCCGAUUAAAGCCGUGCCGUAUCCUCCGACGACGCGCCUUACCAUGAAGGAGCUGUAUGAGGAUGGCAAGCCCAAAGUGGAGCUGCUGAAGGCCCACCUGCUGAAGGAGGGCCGUCUGGAGGAAGACGUCGCUCUACGCAUCAUCAACGAGGGAGCCAACAUUCUUCGCCAUGAGAAGUGCAUGCUGGAGGUGGAGGCUCCCAUUACAGUGUGUGGUGACGUUCAUGGACAGUUCUUUGACCUGAUGAAACUGUUUGAGGUGGGAGGUUCGCCCAACAACACACGCUAUCUCUUUCUGGGGGACUACGUAGAUCGAGGUUACUUCAGUAUUGAGUGUGUCCUGUACCUGUGGACCCUGAAGAUAAACCACCCCACCACUCUCUUCCUACUGAGAGGAAACCACGAGUGCCGGCACCUCACAGAGUACUUCACCUUCAAACAGGAGUGCAAGAUCAAGUAUUCGGAGUGUGUGUAUGACGCAUGUAUGGAGGCAUUCGACUGCCUGCCGCUGGCAGCGCUGCUGAAUCAGCAGUUUCUCUGCGUGCACGGAGGCCUCUCACCUGAGAUCAGCUGCCUUGACGACAUCCGAAGGUUAGACAGGUUUAAAGAGCCUCCAGCGUUCGGGCCCAUGUGUGACCUGCUGUGGUCGGACCCUGGGGAGGAUUACGGCAGCGAAAAGACACAGGAGCACUUCUGUCACAACAGUGUGAGGGGCUGCUCCUACUUCUACAGUUAUCCUGCUGUGUGUGACUUCCUAAUGAACAAUAAUUUGUUGUCAAUAAUCCGAGCACACGAAGCCCAGGAUGCAGGGUAUCGAAUGUACAGGAAAAGCCAGACGACAGGGUUUCCCUCCUUAAUCACAAUCUUCUCAGCACCAAACUACUUAGAUGUUUAUAACAAUAAAGCUGCUGUGUUGAAAUAUGAGAACAAUGUGAUGAAUAUCCGUCAGUUUAACUGCUCUCCUCAUCCGUACUGGCUGCCCAACUUCAUGGACGUGUUCACAUGGUCUCUGCCCUUCGUCGGGGAGAAAGUGACAGAGAUGCUGGUGAACGUGUUAAAUAUCUGCUCUGAUGAUGAGCUCAUGUCAGAAGGAGACGACACCUGUGAAGGUGGUGCUCCGGCUGUCCGUAAGGAGGUGAUCAGAAAUAAGAUCCGUGCCAUUGGCAAGAUGGCCCGAGUUUUCUCUGUGCUGAGGGAGGAGAAUGAGAGCGUGCUGCAGCUGAAGGGUUUGACCCCGACUGGAAGGCUGCCGCUGGGAGUUCUGUGUGGAGGCAGACAGACACUGCAGAGUGCCACCGUAGAAGCAGCCGAGGCCCGAGCAAUUCAAGGCUUCAACCCUCAGCACAAAAUCCAGAGUUUCGAGGAGGCGCGCGGUUUGGACCGGAUAAACGAGAGGAUGCCGCCGCGCAAAGACGGAAAACAGCCGGACGGAAUGGCAAACUCCAUUAACGCCACCAACUCGCCUGACAAAAACGGCACCAACGCACAGGCGUAAUCACAACCGUGCUCAAAACCCCCUUUUACCACUCCCUCUAUCCCUCUCUCUCUCUCUCUUUCACUCUCUCUUUCCUCUCUCUAUCUCUCUCGCUCUCUCUUUCCCUUUUCCUCCUGUCGUUAGAGGCGGUGCCCCCUCCACGAAAGCUCUCCUGGACCGUUUUAGGAGAGAAUGGCACAGUUAUACCAUGAGGAAGGUGUAGUCAAGUCAAAAACAGUAAAUCUUGGUUUUUAUUUAUUUAUUGAUAUAUAAUAAGAAAUUAAAUCUCUAUAAUGUCGGAAAAAAAAUCAAUGAAUAAAUACAUGAGUAUUCAAAAGGUUAUAUAAAAUACAGUAUCUAUAGACAUAGCAUUGGAUUGUCGUCAUCACAGUUUCAGUAGAG